AUGAGUUACACGAACCACUCUCCAGAUUCAGUGAGCUUCUAUUACGUCUGCUACAACUAUCACUCUUACCUCAUAGAGAGGUCGAAGGGCGCAACUUCCCCCCCUCGGCGCCCCACCGGCUCCCGCGCGCCUCCCCUCGCGCCCGAGCUUCGAGCCAAGCAGCGUCCUGGGGAGCGCGUCAUGGCCUUACCCGUGACUGCCUUGCUCCUGCCGCUGGCCUUGCUGCUCCACGCCGCCAGGCCGAGUCAGUUCCGGGUGUGGCCGCUGGAUCGGACCUGGAACCUGGGCGAGACGGUGGAGCUGAAGUGCCAGGUGCUGCUGUCCAACCCGACGUCGGGCUGCUCGUGGCUCUUCCAGCCGCGCGGCGCCGCCGCCAGUCCCACCUUCCUCCUAUACCUCUCCCAAAACAAGCCCAAGGCGGCCGAGGGGCUGGACACCCAGCGGUUCUCGGGCAAGAGGUUGGGGGACACCUUCGUCCUCACCCUGAGCGACUUCCGCCGAGAGAACGAGGGCUACUAUUUCUGCUCGGCCCUGAGCAACUCCAUCAUGUACUUCAGCCACUUCGUGCCGGUCUUCCUCCCAGUGCACACGAGGGGGCUGGACUUCGCCUGUGAUAUCUACAUCUGGGCGCCCUUGGCCGGGACCUGUGGGGUCCUUCUCCUGUCACUGGUUAUCACCCUUUACUGCAACCACAGUACAGGCACUUCUUUCUGGGAGAUAGAAUGCGAGAAAGCCCUUCCCGCUCCUUGCGCUCUCGGAGAGGUUUUGGGAGACAAAGCCCCGUUCCCAGAGCCGCUGCAGCGGGUGUGUUCCGUCGAACAAAUGUACCCCUACUUUGGAGUUAUUUGUCGAUCUCCACCUCAAUCAAGUGAUUGA